AGCAUACAGUGUUGACCAUUCCACAUCCUGGUCAUUCAAAAGUCUCAUAAUUGAUCGAUUCGACGAUUCGACCAAUUCUCACUUGGUUGCUCCAUUCAUGCAACUUGGUGAUCCGAUUUGACGAAACGCGAAUUUUCUGCCAAAGUCGUCGCCACGCAAUCUCACAAGAACAUUAAACUUUGACAGAUCAGCCAAAGAUGCGAGGGUCAAAUUUUCAGGGCCCGAAAUUGCCUCAAGUGCUCCUCGAUCGAAUAGAUGAUGCACCGCAAAACGGGUCAGGCAAACGUUAUGCUGUACAAGAUCGAAAGAGACGGCGUAAAGAGGAGCGCAGAAGCAAAGGGUCACGCAAUGUCCGAGUAGCGAAAAAACAGAGCUUUCCUCAAAGAAAGAGGGUAGAUGAGGACGAAGAUGCCUUUGACGAAGAUGAAAUCUCGGCCGAUCAACCGUCUGAGAUCCAGCGGUCAGUCCCAGAUCAAAAACACGAACUGAAAGGUCUCCAACAAAAAGUUACCGCAGAGAUUAAAAAGGAUGAGACCACCGAGAAACCCAAUAGAGUCCAUGUCCCAAAAGCAGUUCGUGUUCAACUUGAGGACGACGAUGCUAAAAUUGCGGCGCUUGAAAAGAAGCUUGGGCUUCGACGGAAAAAGAAUCUUCCCAAGGACGACGGUCUUGGUGAUCUACUGGGAGACUUUUCAGAUUCCGACAUAGAUUCGCAACCUACGAGGAAACGGAAAGCAGAGUACGGCGACUACCUCAAGAGCAAGAGAGUGCGACAAGACUCUGAGCAGGAUGAUUCUUCUGGAAUCGAAGACACGAGCGAUACCAAUUCUGAUUCUCCCGGUCCCAUAGAUGAAGAUGCGAUGCCACCUGGAAAAUUUUCAUCAGCGGAUAGCACGAUGUGGGACGAUUCAGCAGAAGAAUUCGGCGGUUUCAGCGGGUCUAGUAAUGAAUUUGAUGAGGACUCUAUGGCUAUCGACAAUCCUCCAAAACGAGUCAAGGAGAAUCCAUACAAACCUCCGGUUCAACCAGAAUCUGCCAACGGAAAAUAUAUUCCACCCUCAAUGCGCAUGGGAGCCUCGGACAAUGAGGUCUCCGGAAAGCUCACAAGGCAAUUGAAAGGGCUCUUGAACAGGCUUUCCGAGUCAAAUAUCCUACCCAUUGUUCGGGACGUUCAGGAGAUCUAUUCCUCAAAUCCAAGGCAGGUCGUGACGACGACGUUAAUUGACUUAAUCCUCUCUACGAUUCAAGAUCGGACUGCCCUCAACGAGACAUACCUAAUCCUAUAUGCGGGUUUCGUGGCUGCGAUCUACCGUUUAGUGGGUGUGGAAUUCGGCGCCACACUUGUGGAGCGGAUUGUUGUAGCCUUCGACUCCUGCUACGAUAAGGGUAACGCCUCAGACAAACAAACCCUAAAUUUGAUGUCGUUCCUUUCUCACCUGUACUCGGUUCAAGUUGUGGGAUCGAUCGUCGUUUACGAUUUUGUUCGCAUCUUCUUGAAAGACUUGUCAGAACUCAAUACCGAACUUCUCCUAAGGGUAAUCAAGAGUUGUGGGCCACAACUUCGUCAUGAGGACCCAUCAUCCUUGAAAGAAAUUGUUCUGGAGCUGCAUAGACAAAUCGCGCGUGUUGGAGAAUCCAAUAUGUCGGUCCGGACGAAGUUUAUGGUCGAAACCAUAGGUGAUCUGAAAAACAAUCGCAUGAAGACCGGGUUGGGGAGCGCCUCAAUUGCAGCAGAGCAUCUAACGAAAAUAAAGAGAUCGCUUGCGGAGCUCAAAUCACAAAAUAUUAGGGCCAGCGAACCGCUACGGAUUGGACUGAACGACAUUCGGAAUGCAGACAAGAAGGGAAAAUGGUGGCUUGUUGGAGCAAGCUGGAAAGGGAUGGGACCUUCAGAUGGCGAGGGCGUGCAAGAUAUCGAACCAAUGGCCACAGAGUUGGACGUUACGGAAUUGUCCUUCGAUCUCCGAGAGUUGGCAAAACAAAUGAGAAUGAAUACCGAUGUUCGACGAGCGAUCUUCCAAUCCAUCAUGUCAGCGACCGACUAUCAGGAUGCCCACUUCCGACUCCUGAAGCUACGGCUCAAAAAGUCCCAGGAACUGGAAAUCCCUCGGAUUGUGGUACAAUGUGCUGUCUCUGAACAGUCAUACAACCAGUAUUAUACGUUGAUCGCUCGGAAACUAUGCGGUGAACACCGGUUCCGCAAAGCUUUCCAGUUCAUUUGUUGGGACUACUUGAAGCGUAUGGGAUCGGAUGAUGAAGAGGACAAGCUCAACGAAGACGGGACUGGAACACUCUCGCUGCGGGAACUCGUAAACCUCGGCAAGAUGUAUGGGUCUUUGAUCGGCCGAGGAGACGAGCCCAUCACCACGCUCAAGAACGUAGACUUUGCGAUGCUUUCCCCAAAAGCAAAGACCUUUGUCGAAAUCACGGUCGUCACAGCCCUGUUGGAAAUUUGCAAAGCACACUCGGAGUCGAAGCAACCGGCCGCUGUUCGGAAUCUAUUCUCCAAGGCCCUCGAGGUGCCGGAUAUGGUGACAGGACUGCAACACUUCAUUCGGACCAGUGUCAUCAAAAGCGACAUUAUCCAGUCUGAUCCAGACUCGAAAGCCGUUCGAAAGUUGGCCCAGGUGGGAAUUCGGGUUCUGACAGAGACCUCCAGUCAUGGGGGCCUGUAAAUUGGUUGGUGUAUUGUCUAUCCAUCACGUCUAUAACUUGGCAAGGUUAUCUGGAGGUUUCGAUGAUUUCCACACUUGCACCUCAGGAGUCUCGAGGUAGUUUGGAGGGAAGAAGCGUGGUCCGAGCAGCUUCUUCAAGACCUUUCCUGAUGCGGUCUUUGGAAAAUCGCCCUUAACAAUUCGAAGUAAUGUCGGCAUCUUAUAUCCUGCCAGCCGAUCCCUUAAAUCUCGUCUCAAAUUGUCAAUCGUCAAUUCCACCUUCUUGCCGUCACCAUGCGUUUUCAAAAAUUCUUCCGAAAUUUCCUCCUCUUGUAGCGCGAUCAGGGCCGCAAC